CGACAAAAGAAGAAUCCUUUUCUCUCUUCUCAGGUGAACUCUUCAGCGUUUUGUCUCGCUGAUAUAAAAAGAAGCAUCUUUGAAUUUCCAGCAAGAAACGAAAAUGCAGGCAUCAAGAGCAAGGUUGUUUAAGGAAUACAAAGAGGUACAGCGAGAGAAGACGGCCGACCCCGAUAUUCAACUAGUUUGUGAUGAUUCUAACAUAUUUAAGUGGAAUGCUCUUAUCAAGGGACCAUCUGAGACACCUUAUGAAGGUGGAGUGUUCCAGCUUGCUUUUUCUGUUCCUGAGCAGUACCCUUUGCAGCCUCCUCAAGUGCGGUUCUUGACGAAAAUAUUUCACCCAAAUGUGCAUUUCAAGACGGGAGAGAUUUGCCUUGAUAUAUUGAAGAAUGCUUGGAGUCCUGCGUGGACACUUCAGUCUGUUUGUAGGGCUAUAAUAGCUUUGAUGGCUCACCCAGAACCUGAUAGCCCGCUUAAUUGUGAUUCCGGCAACCUUUUAAGGUCGGGUGAUAUCAGAGGAUUCCAUUCUAUGGCAAGAAUGUACACCAGACUUGCUGCCAUGCCCAAAAAAGGGUGAACUUAUGGUGUUAUGAACUGCCUUUAAACCAUAAGACACGAUUAAUAUCGGUGAUUUCAUUUGUGCUUUUCAAACAUCGUUGUAUUAUC